UCUUAAAACUUUGCUUUGCUUUCAAAUUCCUAGAAAUUGUUGUACAUUCCAAGAAAUAGCCAACCUGUCUUUGGACUAGAACAUCUCGCAUGAAUCAUUGCCAUGUUGGUCCUUUGCCAUUGAACAAACCACGUGAUUUCUGAUCAUGUAUAUUUAUAGAUGAGUAUCAAUUGACGGUCUAAAAACGAUACAAUUGGGUUGAGAAAACAAGGAAAACAAGUGAAUUUACAAAUCACAAUCAAGUAAAACUAAAAGCGGAUUAUCUAUUUAAAUGAUUAGUUUGAACAUAAACAUGGCGAAAUGUGCAACAAUAAUGUUGGUGUUACAACAGAUUGUACAAGGACAAAAUGACAAGAAUUUAUCUCAAGAUAAUGUAUGUCAAAAGGAAAAUGGAAAUACCCACUGCUGCAGUGGAUAUUAUUGGCACGAUGGAAAAUGUAUAGAAUGUUUCGGGGCAUUUGGGUUAAACUGUUCAGAACCAUGCCAUAAUAUAUCAUUCGGAUACCGAUGCAGAAAAACUUGUAAGUGCCAGAAUCACGAAGUCUGCAAUAAAUACACUGGCUGCCAAACGAUUGAUUAUAUCAACAACGAAUUUAAAGACAAAUGUAUAGACACUUUGCUUCUGUGUGUGAUUGGAUCUGGAUCUGUCUUGCUUUCAAUGGCCUUGUUAUUCAUCGGUGUGAUGUUUUACAGAUGGCGUAAGAUGUUGUACAAACCUAAAUCCGCUGAGAAAACAGAAGGGUUUCAAGUGGAUUUAUUCACAGUUCCGAGUAUACAGGAUACAAUUCAGGAAAAUUACGAUGACAUUCGCGAAUCAAGAAUGCUUCUCGAUGACAACAGAAAGGGCAACAAGGAAACCACACCAAACAGAAUAAACUCAACAGAGUAUAACCGAUUGUUCUGCAAAGAGCGUACAUCAAGUAAAACAAUGGGUGAGAUGGGUGAAGAAUAUUACAGCGCAAUCGAUGCACGUUUUAAGAGUAAACAACCGCUUGUAACAUUGUCUGAAUUUCCAGAGGACGACUGCUAUGUAAGCCUCUCCCAAAAUGCAAAGAGAAAUAAACGGAUGUCAAAAUCGUGCUCAGACAUAACUGUUGAUACAUCGGGGGUGUAUAAUAAUGUAGGAAUUAAUCAAUACUAUAAUUCCAAAGUGGAUAAAAACAAUGGAAAUAUUUUGAUAGCGCAUUUAUAGCUGUAAAGCCACAAACCUACAUGCGUUCUUAUAUCGUUAUUUGUAAUGAGAUUCAUUUCCAUAUUUAAAAAACACUAUCUUUUUUCAGCUAGUAAAAAAAUAAAAUAUAAUUUUAUUGACAAUUGCAUGCACUUGUUCGUUGUAUAAAUCGCAUUCGAUAAUCUUGCUACUCAACUAACAACCCCAUUGCUUUUAAACUCAAAAUAUUUAUUUUGAUUUAAUGCAAACAUGGAAAACUGGGUGAAAAACUUUAUUCUGCCAAAAUGUCAUAGAUCGAAAAAUGUGAUUUUAAUCUCAAAUUUUAAUUUCCGCUUAUAAUUUUUAAAAAUAGCUUACAUAUAGCGCAAUCUUCCUGGUAAUUGUUGUUUAUCUGAGUUUAACACGUGGUCGUGAAUCUCACUAACAUCUGAAAACCGUGUUUAUUAGACACUCCAGCUCGAUCUAAAAGUAUCGAAAGCACUAGAAAACCCUUGCAGAAUUUUAAGUCUUGACGAAAUAUCUUCCGGAUUUCUAGGAUGUUCCAGUCACAACAGUUUAUUAAAUUCAAGUUUCUUUUCCUGUUUUUUUAGAACUUAUAUAUAAUGCCAUUGAUCUUAAUAAUAUAUUGGGCUGUUUUUCUAAUGACUAGAUAACUAUGUGUCUUUUUUGUUGUAUUAAGGUUACAUUAACAUGUUGAUAUUGUUAUUAUACUAUGAAUAUCAA